AUGUGGGAUAUUAUUAGAAGAUAUCACAGUGUUUCCUUUCACCUUCAGUUCAUCGACACAUCUCUACGAGAUUACGUCCUCUACACAAUCGUUGAUAACUUCAUCCGAGGUAACUUCACACAGACUGACACCUCGGAACGUGCCUGCCGGGACGAAGAACCUCCUUACUUCAUCCCGAAGCAUUCAAGAGUGUCUAAGCAUAAAGUGCAUACUGAAGACUUUGAUAGUGAGAGAAUGUUUGAGAUUUAUAGGACAAGAAAGAGUGAUGUUGGUUACUACUUCAGGCCAAAGUUCCGUAGGUAUCGUGAUGCUAGGUCUGUACUUGGGUAUAGAAAGAAUUAUAAAUACAGACGCUUCCUACCAACUAAGAUAGUAAGCGGAUCUCUGGGUGAUCGCGGAGAGGUCAUCCUACACUGGUCACUGAUCGAUACUACGCACUUAAACAGUGAUGAAGCUAGUGUGGUUUUUAGGUUACGAUAUAGAAAAAUGUCAAGUGCCACCAUUUAUCAAGUGUUCUUUACGAAAAAAUUAAGACUAGAUUGCGUCGUACGUCUACGAUCCCUCAGAUCGGGUCGCAUCCACUCCGGUCACCUGCCGCGCGCGCACGGCUGCCGGUUACUUAUCCCCACACCCACCACCAAGAACUCCCUACUCAUAGAACUACACAAACUAAACGUACCUUGCGCCAAUGGAUACCUACGAUUCUCCCCAUCAUCACCCAUCUUGUGUGGAAAACUAGAACAAAUACCAUACCCUAACAGAAGGUUCAUCUACCUACCGUCUUCUAAAUACAAUGAAAUAGAACUCCACGGUCGACCUACGUUCGCCGCGAUGUACCGCUUAGUAGACUACUGUCAUGAUAUUCUACUGACGGCAAGAAACGGCUCGUUCGAGGUCGAACCUACAACAAAACUGUCCUGCUCCUACCGCAUACAUUUACCUUAUGGAAACAGAGUCGCAUUACGUCUACAAAUGGGAACAGGUCCUGUGAAUAGAAAUAACGACUUGUCAAAUAUAAUUCAUGAAGAUGCUAACGCUAAAUGUAAAGGUAUGUCAUUAACACUUGAAGACGGGGAAUCUAAAUGGAAUCAUUGUUCCCAACCGGGAGAUCCAUUGCGCAGCGUACAGAUAGUUUCAGAAAAAAACUCUGUAAGAUUAAAUAUAAGCGUCUUAGGGAAGAAGAAUACGAUGGCGAUGUGGUUAAAGGUAUGGUGGAUGGAUAAAGCAGUAGAAGAAGUAAUAGGACAUUGUCACUACGGGUGGGUGUUGUCGGGGGACUUCUGUAUAACAGCGAUGAAGGAGACGAAGAGAGCAUGGCGUCAGGCAGAGAUGGACUGCGCCAGACUGGGGGGACAUCUAGCAAGCGUACUUAAUGAACGACAGCAACAAAUUAUGGACCAACUACUUUUAAAUACGCCCGGUAAUGGAAUUGACGAUGUAUACUGGAUAGGGGCCACUGACGCGGUGCACGAAGGGGAGUUCAGAUGGUCUGACGGACUGCCUUUUUCUUAUGCACAUUGGUUCCCCGGGUGGCGUAAGCACAGCAGUCAGCCGAACGACGAUGGUACCUCGGGACAGGACUGCGUGGAGGCACGCCGUGAAUUCCCGCCGCGUCCACCUGCUCCGCAACCCACCUACAUGUGGAACGAUCGCAGCUGUCACGAACACAACUACUACGUCUGUGAACAACCCUCAGUUGAAGAUCCCUACACGGCAUCAAAGAUCCAGUGCAACGAGACCAUAGUGCUGACACACAGCCACCCUCACGCAGUAGUGUCGAGCCCCGGUUUUCCGCGGGCCUACCCCGACGACGUGGACUGUGUGACUGAGGUGCGCGCGCCCCCAGCGCACACACUGCGCCUGCACUUCGAGGAACUGCUCACUGAACAUGAACCACAGUAA